AUGCCCGCAAUCGCAAACCGCCGCCGGAAGAAAGCUGCCGGGCGCUACGAGAUCGGAAUUUGGCCGAUGAGGCGCACCCAGCUAACCGCACCGCGCCCCGGCCAAAACCGGUGCGGUCGCGACGGCCGCCAGGUCAGCACUGAGGCUUUCUUCGAGUCACGGCGCGCGGGCGCAGCCAAGAAUGAGGCGGCGACGCACACAAACGCACCUUUGUGUGUGUGUGUGUGUGCGCGCGCGUUUGACACGACCGGCGAU